AUUAACGACCGUGCUAGUUAGUCGUUGUUCCUCGCUGAUCCGCGAGGGAAUCCCGUCGGUGUUGUUUGGUGUUUUAGGCAUCGGUGAACUCGUCGUCGUCGACCUGCAAGAACUGACGCGAAACUAUCGAUCGAUGUUCGUUCGAUAACAUGCGAACGAGUUCGAGAAGGCUUUGCUCUAUAAAAACAAAUGUCACAGCCAUAACCUAGCACGUCGAUGAAGGAAGAGAUACACAGGAAUGUUAAAUUAACAGUCAAAGUCUACGAAGACGCCUGCAGCUCCUGUUAAAUUGCCCACUCGGAAAAGGGACCCCAAAUCGAAGGCUGUAUGUCACCAGUAAAUGAAUCUCUUUCUCAGAGGGCCACUACGUCCAAAAGCAGAAUCACCCUCGGAUAAAUAUAUUCCUAAUAUCAGUUUUCGUCUGCGAACCCACUUCGCGGAUUUACUGGAAAACAUUUAAUGCAGGACAUGGAGACUGUCAAGGAAUUCCUGGGAUGCAUAAAUCCUCAUUGGGUGGCUGUGGUCGCGGCUGGAAUGUACACUCAUCUUCGGGAAAUUUACAUAAUCGGACUGUGUUUCAACGACAGGAGUACGGAUCCCUCUUAUGCUUCGGCGCUUUUCACGUUCUCCGUGCUGUGCCUCCUCGCGGAGUACAAACUGUGGCCCAGGACCCUCAAGGAGCCACCGAUACAGCUUCUCUAUAUUUACGAAAUGCUGAUAGCCGCCCUGACUACGAAUUUAGCGAUGCACGCCAUUUGGGAGCCAUUCGUGAACGUCAUACGUUGUUUAACUCAGGAAUCGAGUGUACUCCUGCACAAAUUGAACGGAGAGUUAGGACUGAGUCAGUACUCGUUUCUGACCGAUUUCGCUUACUACAUGGAAAAGGAGAGCGUCGUGACGCACAUGUCCUUUUGCACGUCCAUUUUGACGUUCGUGUGGAUGCUGGACGCUACGGAAUCCCUGGACGCGAUUCUGGACAUCUGGACCAAGUAGUGAACCAGUGAUGUUUAGUUUUCGAACGAAGCAAUAAUUUCUGGAUAUUCAACAAGUGCAAACGAAAGAAGAUCAGUUUCGCAAAUCCCGAAGUGACCGAUUGGUUCGUCUAUAAAUUCAUGUGCAGCAAAGAUCUACCAAACGCAAACCCAUAGCCAGAAGUGUGAUUUAAUGCAAUUUGUCAUUUUAUACAACGUAUAUAUAUAUAUUUUUAUGUUAUUCGUCCAUGUUACUGUACGAUUGUAUAUUUGUAAUAAAACGUCUUUUACUUUCCAGUUGAAUAUUCUUUGUAAAGCACUCUCCAUUCGAAUCUCGAAAUUCAUUUUAAUGGGGUUGAAUUCAGUCGAUACGUUCGAUUCAGUUGUCACAUAAAAACAAAACAAUCAAAGCACGAUGAUUAACUGUCACAGAUUUAGCUGAAUUUUAUUUUAAGAACCAGUGGUUCAGCCCUCGGUUUAGUUCAUUUCUCGAAAUGGGGAAGCUGCUCCACACAAUCUGGCCGUUCUUGUUGAACGUUUCCGGGCUUCGGAUUUUUCGAACCUGCUUCGACAAUGCCAUGGAAGACGAAGACCGUGAAUGUCUUCUUCGUGGACCGCCGUUCAGUUCGUUUUUCUUCAGUGUCGGUGUGUACAUGAUCAUCGUUAAUUCCACGCUCUUUCCGCGUACAUUUCGUCAACCGAAAAUUGCCUUUCUAGUGAUGUACGAGGUUAGUUGCAAUUAUUAUUUCAUAUUAUUAUUAUUGCACUAGUUUAAAAAAUAAAAAAAAAACAGUACAUUCAAUGCCACAAUUUUUUUCUUAUGUAUUUUGGCCUGAUAAACUCGAAAAUCGCAAUGAAAAAUUUUUCUAUGGAUAGGUUUCUUUUAUGUGAAUAUUUGAAUGUCUUUUUUUACAUCGUUGCUUCAUUUCUUUUGUAAAUUCAGUUUCUAGCCACAGCGUUUCUCUUGGAAUUCUCAACUGCCUGCAUUUGGACACCGAUCGACGUGUUUCUUAUGACGACACUGCCAACGAACGUUUCCCACGUAACGUAACAGAUCGAAAUUAAUAAUAAACCGUUUGAUAAUAAAUUCGAUCGACUAGCGAUAAAUUACUCAGCUUUGGCGGAUUCAGUAAAGCGUUAGUAGUUGGGUAAUGUGAUUCUAAAAUUCUGUCUUUCGAUAAAUCAGGCGCUUUAUCAGCUCGAAUUGAAAGAUGCCGCAGCCAUGGUUCUGAAUAACAUGUCUCUGAUGGCUCCGGUGACGUACACUGUGGCGAUUACGUUUUUUCUUCUCACGCUGCACGUUACAAGUUCAGUAGACUUCACGAUCAUCAGGUACCAUUCGCGUGUCUCGUGAUUUUCUUAAAAUGAAGCAAAAAAAAAAAAAUAGUCGCGAGAAUAUGCAACGACGCAGCACUUUUAUCGUUAACGCAGACAAGUUUCUCUUACAGGGAUUGCGGAGUAUCGCAUUUCCUGCCGCAUACAACGAAAAAACUGUACAGGAGACUGCAGAAGGAACUUCCGUUCUUGCACGAAGAGACCAAACCAUGUCGUUGCAAAAUUCGUAGAAAGAGCCCCAGCAAAAGUC